AUGCCGAGAACCUUAAUCCUGGGACUUAUUUGGAUCAUUAUACUUAGAUUUCAGAUUUCUUCUAUCAAGCUUGAUAAGGAAGAAUUUGGAGGCAGAGCUGAUGUUCUGUUUGCCAAUGAAGCUUUUCUGCUCUGGUGUCAGCAUAAAACUGCCAGCUAUUCCAAUGUCAAUAUGAUGGACUUCUCCAAAAGCUGGAGUGAUGGGCUGGCCUUCAAUGCCCUCAUACAUGCUCACAGGCCUGAUCUUAUCCACUAUAGCUCACUCCGGCAGGACCAGCCCAUCAAAAACCUCAACAAUGCCUUCAGUGUUGCUGAGAAAGAACUGGGAAUCAGCAAACUGCUUGAUGCUGAGGAUGCAGCCAUACCUUACCCAGAUGAGAGAUCCAUCAUGACUUACGUGUCCCUCUAUUACCACUACUUCUCCAGGAUGAAACAAGGACAGACACUACAGAAGCAACUCACCAAAAUCAUGUUCUUCCUGAAGGAAAUAGAUGACUUGAAGACUCUGUAUGAGCAGAUGGUCUCCAACCUCCUGAAAUGGAUUAAAAAGAAGGUGGUGGAACUGGAUGACCAUCACUUCCCCAACUCUCUUCAGGAAAUGUGGAUGCUUGUGGCCAACUUCAAGACCUUUCGUACCCUUGAGAAACCCCUCAAAUACCAAGAGAAAGGCAUGAUUGAGGCUCAUCUCUUCAACAUCAGGACCAAGCAGAGAGCCAACAACCAACGCCCAUGCUUGCCCCCGGAGGGGAGCAUGCUGCAGGAUGUGGAAAAACACUGGAAAAGGCAGAGCACAACAGGGGCAAAGCACUGCAGAAGGAGCUGCUGA